AGCAUAUCGUCCGGAUUCGGCACGGUGAAAAGAAAAUUAUCCAGGUUUCCGGAAUUUACGCGCCAGUUUCAACCUUUGUUAUUUAUUUGGGAUAGAAAAAAAAUUAUGGCGAAAGUAGACUGCAUGAACAGUAUGAAAUUAGACGUGGGUGAAGUGACUAUAAUGGAGACAGAGGAUAAUUGUCCACCAUCAAAGAAAUUGAAACAAGGUCGUCUUCCCUUUAAGCCCCUAGAACAUUCUGGUCAAAAGUUGCAAGGAAACACUCCCCCAGGAAGUAAAAAACGGAAACUUUCAGAUAACGAAUCUCCAAGUGCAAAGCAGUUGAAAACCAGUGCUCAGCCUAGUACAGUUAGACACCAGAUCACUGAUGGUGACCCGGAAGUCAGCAGUAGUUCUGAGGCAGAUCUUAUUGCUGAUAGUCUUAAGACAAGAAAACUGAACACUUUGGAUAAAUUCUUUAAGCCUAAGCCAUACACUCAAGAUCAGGAAGAAAUUAGUUCAACAAAUGACUGUAUAGAGAUAGAUCUAACUGAGGAAGCAGUGGCUGACAAAGAUGAUCAAGUAGAUGAUAAUAAUAAAGUUAAAGCUGCUGCUGAUGAGUCAGCCAAAGGAGAAGAGAUGGAAGAAAAGACUGAAAAGUUGGCAGAAGAAGAGACAAGUCAGUCUGAAGAAGAUAAAGAAAACCUGUCUGCAAGUGAUGGGGAUGAUAUGGAUAGUUCUUUUAUUGCCAAUACUUCUGUGUGUGAAGAUGCUCUUAAAACACCUGGUAAAGACAAGCUGUCUGAGUCUGUACUCAAGACUCCUAAGACAAGUACAAGUUCAAGAAAAGUGACCACACCAUCACAAGUUGGUACACCUUCACAAAUUGGUACACCGUCUCAGGCUGUCACACCAUCCCAAGUCGGUACACCAUCCCAAAGUUCACAAAGUGAUAGUAAUACACCAAUCUCUGGCAAGAAAAGGACCUCUGUACUAUCUGAGAGUAAGAAAAAGGAACGCGAAUUGCAGAGACAAAAGAUUAAAGAAGAGAAGGAAAAACAGAGAGAAGAACAAAGAUUGCAAAGGGAAAAGGAAAAAGAGGAAAAGAAGAAAGAACUGUUGGAGAAGAAACGACUCAAAGAGGAACAGAAAGAGAAAGAGAGAUUGGAAAGGGAACGCAUGAAACAAGAGGAAAAGGAUAAGAAAGAAAAGGAAAGAUUAGAGAAACUGAAACAGAAGGAAGAAGAGAAAAAACAAAAGGAUAAAGAAAAUGAGGUCAAGUUGGAAGAGAAGAGAAAAAAGGAGGAAGAGAGAAAACAAAAGGAAGAGGAGAGGAAGCAAAAAGAAGAAGAAAAGAGAAAAGAAGAGGAAGAAAAGCAAAAGAAAGAGGAGAAAAAGAAGGAAAUGUUCAAAGGAUUUUUCAUCAAGAAGGAUCCAGUUGUCUCCCCUCCUAAGCCAAAAGAGAGCAAAAAUGGAUUAUUUAUGCCGUUUGAGUUAAAAUUGAAUAUGAAACUAGCACCUGAACGACGAGCUCUACCACUGUUAUCUGAUGCUAAAGACAACUUUGAUGAAGAGUUUGAUAAACAGGAAUGUGAUACAUUAUACUUAAAAGAAAUCAAGUCUCCCUCCUAUAAACCUGGUAAUUGUGGAAAGACUUGGCCAAGGGAACUGGAUGAAGAUAAUGAUGUAGAACUGUUAUCACACGAGAAAGAAACCAUAGAGAAAGUAACCCACCAUGUCAAGUUUCUGUAUUUCCACGAAAACAACAGACCACCUUACUACGGAACAUGGAGAAAACGUAGCAAAGUUCUAUCAGGACGUAACCCUUUUAAACAAGAUGAGAAAUUGUUUGACUACGAGGUUGAUUCUGAUGACGAGUGGGAAGAAGAAGAACCUGGAGAGUCGGUCUCUUCUGACGAGGAGGAAGAAGAAGGUGAGAAGGUGGAAGAUGAAGAUCCUGAUGCUGAUGAUUGGAUGGUACCUCAUGGUUAUCUGUCUGAUGGCGAGGGAGUAGAGGAAGAUGAUGAGGUUGAUUCUGCUAGUAAACAAGAUCUACAGAAGGUUCGACAGGCAGCAUGGGAGAGUGAAUUAAAACGUCAAGCGAAACCACUGAAAAUGUUAGCUAUUGGCUGUGCCUGGGAGAACGAUGAGACUACAGCCAUUGCCGCUCAACAACUACAAAAAUUACUCCAGUUCAAGGCUGUGUGUCUUAUGGAGGGACCUAUAGGUACAACAUUAACUGGGACAAGAGGCAGUGAAGUAGAUAGUGCUGCAUCUAAAGAGAAAGCCGAUGAUAAAAAGAACAUUCAGAGGAAGUCUGUACCUGAGGAAGCUAUCCCAGACCUUAUAAGACUUGUGCAUGGAAACCCUACUGCAUUAAAGAACUUAUUUAAGGAGUUUCGAAUGUUUUGGAGACGAAAAACCAACUCCUCCUCGGACGAAAAAGCUGAUGAUUCUACCCUCGAUUCUUCUAAACUCGAUAUGAGUAUUGAAAUUGAUGAUAAAACAAAAAAAUCAGACACCACUAAGUCUGAAUUACCAGAAACUCCUAAAUUGCUCAAUGAAAGUAAGUCGGACUCGCUAGAGGAGUUUGCUUUUUCUAGACGUCAGCUAGAGCUUAAGAUUACGAGUAUGUGCAUUUAUGAGAAACGAGCAGAACAUAAAAAGUUGUGUUGGUAUGUGAAGGACGAGAUACUGAAACAGUAUGAAAUGGAAGACAUACAACUGCCUAAUUCCUGGGAGUAUGUAUGUAUAAAACCACCUAAGGCAGUAGAGAAGGUGCCGACUACCCCAAAACUGGAUGAAAUUAGUUCUGCUUCUACGCCAGGGCGGGCAACUCCAAACAUUAUGCAAUUUGCACAGCCAAUGUCACCAUCCCAGAUUCAAGCCCUUGGGCCAGCCCCUAAAGAUCCAAUAAAACCAUCUGAGGCCACUGCCAUGGAAGAGGAGUCAGAGGUUACUGUUGUAGCCAUGAGCAAGCCUACUUUGCCAGCAGACCAAAGAAAAAUAAAAGACAUGUUUUCACCUGCCGCUAAAAAAACAAAAGGUAAAAAAGCAAAAAACAGCACUAGUCCAUUGAUAGCUAAGAUAUUAACCAGUCCAAAAAUUGAUAUCCAAGCUAACGCAGGUAAGAAAUCUUUGCCAGAGCCUGCAGCAAGUGUUAAUAAUAUUGCUGUAAAGACGUCUGCUAGCCCGAAGCUGGGCUCUAAAGCAUCAAGCAAACCAGAGCUAGUUUUACUCGAAACUGCAUCGAAACAGUCACCUGACUCUUGUAAAGUCUCAACAACUCCGAACACAAAGAAAAUAAAUUCUAAGCUUCAAUCAAUGCUGUCCUCGCCAGAGUUGAUGAAACCAAAUUCAUCAGAGAAGAUGGACGAAAGUAAAGAGUCUGAAGCCAAAGAACAACCGAUGGAUGUUGAUAUAAUAGUGCUCGAUUAAUUCUGUAUGUCAUACUUUUCAGAUUCAAAAUCAUAUUCGAAUGUGAUUUUUUUUUUAGAGAAAAAUUAUGACCAAAACUUACAAUAUAAAAAGGGAAGAUUCGUGCUUUUUUUGUUUCGUUUUUUAUUAUUUUAUGUACAUUAUUAGUGAAUGAAAUCAGUGACAUAAGAUAUAUUUAUAAAAGGAAACAUUUUAAUGUUAUUCGCAUUGGAGUAUAUUUAUCACAACAUGAUGUUUGACAGUUUCAUUACACAGUCGUGUGAUUAUGGUGAAAUGAAACAUUGUUUCCAAUGUAAUGUAUUAUUUAAGCGUUUUAUGUCAAGAAAAUUUGUGUAAUGAUGUCAAUUUUUAUCAAUGUAAUGUAAAUUAUCCAUACCAGUAACUAAGGAAACAUAACGGUGGACUUAUAUUUCAUUGGUAACAACCCUAAGUGAUAUAGUAUUUAUUUCUUUGGAAGGAUAUUAUUAUAUAUAUAAUAUGCUUCUUUAAGUCAAUACAGAUUUUUCCUGUGAACAUUGAAAGUGAAAAACAUUCAAAAUUUGUGUCAUAUUUAACAAAGCUGUGAUCAAUGUAUACAAGAAAGUUUUAUAUAGAAGGAAGUUGACAUUGAAUUUUUAACUUGUUGAUCUUUCUGUAGUAUUAUACUGUUCAUCAGAGGUUAUUGGUUGUUUCUGUCAAAUUUUUAUUGUUAUAGUUUUUAGUUUGACUAUUCACAGAGUACUUAUGCAUCACCCAUUUGUCGGUGUCCCUGUGUUUAAUUUUGAAGUGUAAGCUUCAUAACUACUAAAGGGAAUUGAUUGAAACUUCACACACUUCUGUAAUUAUCUAACUCUGAUUCAUUUUUUUUUGUCCAUAUUUAUGCCCCUUUUUCAACUUAGAAAUUCUCUGUUUAAGAUUUUGCGUGUAAGCUGAUAUCUUUAUAACUACUGAAGGAAAUGGAUUGAAACUUCAUACACAUUUUCCCUGUGAUUUUCUCACGUAAUUGGCACAAUUCCCAUAACUCUAAUUUCAUGUAUUUAUAUAGGUAAGCAUUAUCAUACUCCAAUGAAACAACCUUGUGACAACUCUUUUGAAUUGUCGAGCAUAGCUGUCCUCCGACAGCUCUUCUUGAUAAAGAAAUAAAAACCAAUUUCGAUCAUGUAGUAAUCUAGAUUGUGUAGAUAUUCAAAUGACAUUGACUGUAAUUAAAUUGAUUUUAUAGAACUUUUCUGAGGGGAAACAACCCCUGCUAUAGAAGGGAAAAAGCCCUGACAGAACAGUCCAUUGUGUGAAGAAAGUUCUUCUCUACCUGAAUUUAUAGUAUUAAUUCAAAGGAUUUUACUAAUUUAUCUGUGUAAUAAUGAUGGAAUGGUGCUUUCAUAAACAGGGACAUUAAAGUGAUAUUUUUUGCUAGUUAAGACUUACAAUUUGUAUACAGUUAAACUUUUGCAUGCUGAAGAAUCAAUAUUUAUUCAUUAUCAUGUUUCACUUGUUAUAAAACAAAGUUAAUACAAGACGAUUCAUUCUGAUUGAAAUAUUUGUAUUGUAUAGUAAAACGUAGUAUGAAAAAAUGAAA